AUGAAUAAGUGUGAAGUGUUGCUACUAUUAUUACUUCUAUGUCUUCAGUGCGUUUCCGGAUUUGGUGGAAGACGUGAUUCGGCUGAACACAUUGAGCAAGCUGCCGAAAAGAGAGCCUACAGUAUUCAUCGGAUUGAUACCUUAAUUUUAUUGAUUUUUGUCGCUUUACUUGUUUCUAUCGUUCUUACAACAUGGUUUUUCAAGCAUCAUCGCCUUCGCUUUAUCCAUGAAACUGGUCUUACAUUGUGUUAUGGUUUAUUGAUUGGUCUCUUAUUGCGUUAUACAAAUAUUGGGGUGAUCGAAAGUCAAACGAUAGAUGUAAUGCAGAAGAAUGGAUCUGUCGUACAUGACCCACCAGAUUAUUUACGACUUGAGGUUGAACCAGCAAAAACGCAGAAAGUUCAGUUUCAUUAUGAACUGAUAGAAGGUUUUUUUGGAGAUAAGGACAAACAAAGUGAACGACAUCUCGAACAAAAAGCUGUAUUUUCUCCAGAGAUAUUUUUCAACUUACUUCUUCCACCAAUUAUUUUCAAUGCUGGCUAUAGCUUGAAAAAACGACAUUUUUUUCGGAAUAUUGGCAGUAUUCUAACAUUUGCUUUCGCUGGCACAACUAUAUCAGCUAUAACUUUUGGAAUUAUAAUGCAUUCGUUUUGCUGGUUGUUCUCUUCAUCAUUUACAUUCAAAGAACUCCUUUUUUUCGGGGCGCUGAUGUCAUCAACCGACCCCGUAUCAGUACUGGCUGUCUUCCAAGAGAUGGAAGUGGAAUCAGAUCUGUAUGCACUGGUUUUUGGUGAAAGCGUACUAAAUGAUGCUGUUGCUAUUGUUUUAUCAAGCUCAGUGGAUAAUUUUGCAGCUUCGGAUAAAUCAUUCGAUUUAGAUGCUUUGUUUGCUGCUGUUAUUGAUUUUUUAUCUGUUUUUUUCGGAUCACUACUAUUGGGUUCAGUUAUUGGCUGCGCUACGGCUUUGAUCACUAAAAUGACUGAAAUUAAAGAGUUCCCAUUGCUUGAAGCAGCUCUUUUCAUACUUCUUUCAUAUUUAUCAUUCCUUCUUGCCGAAUUUGUUGAAUUGACAGGAAUUGUGGCUGUUCUUUUUUGUGCCAUAUGCCAAGCUCAUUAUACUUACAAUAAUUUAUCAGAUGAAGCAAGAACUAGAACAAAGCAAUUUUUCGAGGAAGUUUCAUUCUUGAUGGAAAGCUUCAUCUUUUGUUACAUUGGAGUAAGUGUUUUCGUAUCACACAGUCAACAAUGGAGUAUUUCCUUUUUUCUUUGCACUCUGCUUUCUGUAUUUUUAUCAAGAGCGGCCCAUAUUUAUCCGGUUUCUGCCAUGUUAAAUAUCCGUCGAAAACCUAAAAUUCCACAGCGAUAUCAACAUAUGAUGCUUUUCUCGGGAUUGCGUGGGGCUAUGGCUUUUGCACUUGCAUAUCGUAAUACGUCAACAGAUAAUCGUCAGAUUAUGGCUACUACAACUAGUAUGGUUGUGAUCGUAACUGUCUUGUUCAAUGGUGGUCUUACUUCUUGGUUUACUGAGUAUUUGGGUAUCAGGCACGGUGUUGAUGCUUAUGACGACUCUCAGCUACAACUAAAUUUGGAUGAUAGUCAUCUGCAAGGUAUGGAUACAUUAUCGCGUGUCAGUGGACAAAACCCAUGGGAUAAAGCAUUCCUUCCUCGAAAGUGGUACAACUUUGAUGCAUCCUUUAUGAAGCCAUUCUUAACUAAUGCAAACCCAACAUUAUUGGAGACUAUGCCCUCAUUUAUGGCACCAUUUGCGAAAAUAUUCACUACUAAGCAACAACUAUCUAUGUAUACACGAACAACUAAUAAUAAUGGUGCAGUAAGCAAUCAGUCUCCAUCUAACGACAAUCCAUUUCUGCGGCCAUUGGAAAAUAAUGCGGCUAUUGAUGAAAAUAAAUGA